GCUGAACCCUCAGGCCAUGAAGGAGCCAGUGGCUACUCACCGGAAGCGGCACCAUUUCCUGAUUCACAACACACUUCGCCCCAGUCCAUCUACGUUCACAAUCGGGACUGUGCAGCCUUCGCUUGUAAAGCCAGUUGGGGUUGAGGAUUCAGUGUUUGCCCCAGAAUCGCCGAAGAUGAAUGAGGGACGUCGUGUCCUGAGGCGCUUGGCUAGUAGCAACAACAUCACUGGCGAUGACCCCAAGGACUUCAAGAAUGACCCCCAAAUGCCUUCCUUCCAGAAUGACCUUGAGGAUUCCCAAGUGCCUUUCGACCCCACCUGCCCUAUGCAUGAUGAAGCUUUGGCAGGGCAAGCACCAGUUCACAUGGACCCCUACGAGGUGAAGGAACCUGGCCAGCAAGGACCACCGCCUGCUGUUCAGACUGAGGGUGACAAGAGUGCUCCAAUGCCUUCCAAUCCCAAGAUCGACGCCAACGUUUCUGAUGGUGUGGAUGCUCCACAGUUGAGUAGUGAGGAAAAGAAACGUGAGCUUGCUCGAAUCAACAGCCGCAAAUGGCAUGCAGAGUGGAUCUCGAAAGGAGUUCCUCGUGGGACUUCAAACGAAGAACCUCCAGCGGCCCUCAACCCAGCAGUGGCUCCUUCUCCAGCAGCUGCUGCCUCCCCGGCUGUAGCCUCCUCGAUGGCCAAGGUGCGUGAGAAGUUUAUCACUGAGUGGAUUGAGGCAAGUGGUUUGCCUAAGUCUCAAGACCGUUUUCGUUUAGCUUGCAAAGCUUGGAUGGAAAGCACCACCCGGGCUGAGAUCAUGAGCACCCGUAUGGGAGUGCAGCGUUGA